AGUAGGCUGCCACUGAGAAGCCUGUCUCACCUACGGCAUCUGUGCAGGGAGCGCGGGGUCCUUCCCUGCGGGAACUCCUCCAAGCACGGGGUCUCCCACACUUGUUCCAAGGCCAGCUGAGGAUCAGGAGAUGUGCGGCGGCCCCUCGAAGGCCGCGGAGCAGCCCGGGAGCCGGAGGGACCCAGCUGGCUCCGUGAGCGAUGCCGCUUCUGGCGCUUGGAGGACCCAGAAGACGCUUUUAUGCGCAAAGCUUUGCAAACAAGCCAGGAUAGGAAGGGGCCCCGACCCCACGGAACCCAACCACAGCUGGUCCUGUUCUGAGUUCGACCUGAAUGAGAUUCGCCUGAUCGUUUACCAGGACUGCGAAAGGAGGGGCAGGCAAGUCUUGUUCGAUUCCAAAGCUGUUCAAAAGAUCGAAGAGGCAGCAGCUCAGAGAGCGGAGGAUGUGCCGGUGAAGGCGUCGGCCAAGUGCUGCCAGCGAGGCGGGGGCAGCAGCCUCUCUGCCCACGGUGCCCCCUGGGCGUCCGCGCAGCCGGCCAAGGAGCAGCUCCCAAAGUACCAGUACACCCGGCCGGCAUCUGACGUCAGCAUGCUGGGGGAGAUGAUGUUCGGCUCGGUCGCCAUGAGCUACCAAGGCCCCACCUUAAAGAUACACUACAUACGAUCCCCUCCACAGCUGAUGAUCAGUAAAGUGUUCUCUGCUAGAAUGGGCAGCUUCUGCGGGAGUACAAACAACUUGCAAGACAGCUUUGAAUACAUCAACCAAGAUCCCAACUUGGGGAAACUGAACACAAAUCAGAACAAUCUGGGUCCCUGUCGUCCCGGAAGCAACCUAGGGCCACUGCAGUCCUGGGGCAGCAGACAGCUGCAGGGGGGCGCUGAAGGAGGACCUCUCCGGCUCACCCGCAGCGCCUCUUUCUUUGCAGCGCACAGCACUCCCGUGGACAUGCCGAGCAGAGGACAGAAUGAGGACAGGGACAGCGGCAUUGCCCGAUCAGCCUCACUCAGCAGCCUUCUGGUCACCCCUUUCCCAUCUCCAAGCUCCUCAACGUCCUCUUCCAGCAGUUACCAGCGCCGCUGGCUCCGAAGUCAGACGACACGUCUGGAAAACGGCAUCCCGCCGAGGAGGUCCACAGACGAGACGUUCAGCUUGGCCGAGGAGAGCUGCAGCUCGAACCCAGCCAUCGUGCGGAGGAAGAAGAUCGCCGUCAGCAUCAUCUUCUCCCUGUGCGAGAGGGAGGAGGCGCAGCGGGAUUUCCAGGACUUCUUUUUCUCUCACUUCCCGCUGUUUGAAUCUCACAUGAACAGGCUGAAGAGUGCCAUUGAAAAGGCCAUGAUCUCCUGUAGGAAGAUAGCAGAGUCAAGUCUCCGCGUCCAGUUCUACGUCGGCCGUCUGAUGGAAGCGCUGGGGGAGUUCAGAGGGACCAUCUGGAACUUGUAUUCUGUCCCGAGGAUCGCGGAACCGGUGUGGCUCACCAUGAUGUCCAGCACUUUGGAGAAAACGCAGCUCUGCCAGCGCUUCCUCAAGGAGUUCACCCUCCUGAUAGAGCAGAUCAACAAGAACCAGUUCUUCGCUGCCUUGCUGACCGCCGUGUUAACCUACCACCUGGCCUGGGUCCCGACCGUCAUGCCAGUGGACCACCCCCCCAUCAGGGCUUUCUCAGAGAAGCGCACCUCUCAGCUGGUGAACACGCUGGCCAAGACACACCCGUAUAACCCUCUCUGGGCGCAGCUGGGCGAUCUGUACGGAGCCAUCGGCUCUCCAGUGAGGCUGACGCGCACGGUGGUGGUGGGGAAGCAGAAGGACUUGGUCCAGCGCAUCCUGUACGUCCUGACCUACUUCCUGCGCUGCUCCGAGCUGCAAGAGAACCAGCUGACUUGGGGCGGGCCCCCCGGCGAGGCCGACCAGGUGCUGAACGGGUGCAGCAUCACCACAGCCUUGGAGAGGGGGCAGGUGGAGGAGUCUGAGUACGUGGUGGUCACAGUGCGGAGCGAGCCGGCCCUGCUGCCGCCCAUCCUGCCCCCGACCGCGCCUGAGGGGCCCCCGGAGGGCUCUGACCUGCGUCCCACGCUUGACAGAGAAGGGAGCCGGAGGCCCGAGCAGAGUCCCGAGGCCGGCGGCGCGGGGUCCCCAGCGCCAGCCCUGGACGGCGCCGGGCAUCCUCCGGGCGCGACGGGUGGGAAUGCAGAGAGUGAACACGGGGCCCCGCAGGGCGGCGCUGCCAGGCUCUCGGGCUGUGCGGGCUCGGCGCGGGACCGAAGGUGGGCCCAAUGGCAGUGCAAGAAGGGGCACGCGCUGGUGGUGUGUUCUAACAGCCCGUGUCGUCCUAGGUCUCAGAGCAUCAGCAACCCGAACGUGAGAAACUUUGGCCGCUCCCUGCUGGCUGGCUACUGCCCCACCUACGUGCCUGACCUGGUGCUUCACGGGACCGGCAGCGACGAGCGGCUGAAGCAGUGCCUGGCGGCCGACCUGGUCCACACAGUCCACCACCCCGUGCUGGACGAGCCCAUCGCCGAGGCCGUCUGCAUCGUUGCCGACACGGAGAAGUGGAGCGUCCAGGUGGCCACGAGCCAGAGGAAGGUGGUGGACGACUCAAAACUCGGCCAGGAGGUCCUUGUGUCCAGCCAGGUGUCCAGCCUGCUCCAGUCCAUCCUGCAACUGUACAAGCUGCACCUCCCUGCCGACUUCUGCGUCAUGCACCUGGAGGACCGGCUGCAGGAGGUGUACCUGAAGAGUAAGAUGCUGUCCGAGUACCUCCGCGGGCACACGCGAGUCCACGUCAAAGAACUGAGCGUCGUCCUGGGUAUCGAGUCCAACGACCUGCCCCUGCUGACGGCCGUCGCCAGCACCCACUCCCCCUACGUGGCUCAGAUACUCUUAUGAGCUGGCGCUCAGGCCGAGUCUUCCCACGAAGGAGGAGUCAGGCUCUCCACCGGAGGAGGAGGGUCAGCCCUCCGUGUCGCCGAGGCCACCGCCGUGCCGUGUGGCUCUCCAGGGGAUGCUGGGCCGGGCGACAUGGUUCGUGCGUGUUUUUCCGAGCACGUCGGGCCUCCGGUUCCCGGGAUUCUCAUGCAGGAGGAGGCGGGGCCCUGCAUGGACGCGGACGCGGACGCGGAGCUGCGGGUCCCGACGGCGUGUGCGGGCGGAGCAGUGACCACCUCCGGGCGCGGACCAUUCCAGGAGGAGACGGCUCAGAGCUUCAGCGUGGGCUCUCCAGGCGGAGGAAGCCUGUCCUGCUGUUCUGAGAAGGGUCCCUGGGUGCCAAUGCCAAGGGCCGAGUGGGGACUGGGACUGGCCGUGGGGACCAGAGCUCCGGGGACCCGCUGCUCCCUCGUCUUCCCCGAGUUUACCUCGUUUGCGAUGCUGGCGUGGGCAGGUUAGGGAUGCAUUGUUGGUGCAAUAAACCCAAGACUCAUGUAGCCGCUUCACCCCAUCCAGACGUGGUCCGCGCUGCACGCGCUCGGGCGCGCCCCACGGCUUUCACCUUAAUGCUUCAGAGCUUGCCGCAGCCUUUUCAGAGGCCGUUUACCAAAGCCGUUUCCACAAGCUCAGGAGUGUCUCCGUUGCUCAGUUCUUCCAGCCGAAGCCGCCUUCUUCCCGGAAGAGUGAGGACGAAUGACCGUCGAACUUUACCAGGUACCGCUGUCCUGGGGGGACACGGCACCUGCCACGGUUCCGGGUGACUCACGGAAGGGACUAGUUGGAGCGUUUGUGAACAAUCCACACAUGAGCUAAAUUUUUACAUUAUCAUCUCCGUGCCUUCCAACCCCCACGUCCUUUUCAAAACACCUUUCCAGAAAUUCACUCACCCACCAAAAUGAAGAAUCGUCCAUUCAUUCCCACAAUUUGCUUUAAAAAACAAAACAAAACAAAACAAAACAAAACCUUAAUGUUCUGUCGAUAGAAAAGAACUUUAGUUAACUGAUGGUGAAACAGACGAUGUGCUGAUGUCCAGGGUAAAGGAAUGACUUCUCACGGAAUGGCCUGGUAACAGGCAGGAGUGAACCGAGCCCGGCAGACAUUGCCGGCGCCCUGCAGCUCUCGAGGACCGCUCGCUCGAACCAGGCUCCCAUUUCCUUCACUGUCAUACGAAUCGAUUCCAGUCCUUUCCAUGUCACCCCCACACCUCACAAUACGAAACGACUUCAGAUUUUUCUGUCCAAUGAAAUCCUGAUCCCAAACACCAAGUCACAGAAGUCUGUGUCUUAAUUCUGUUACAAAUGCGAGUUACUUGUUUGACAGAGCAUCGCAGCAGAACCAAGGGAGGAAAAACAGGUGUGUUCUUCCUUAGGAAUAAUUCUUUGGAACGGGUCAGGCCUGCUGCCCUCCCCUCUCUUUACGACGUGAAGUGGAGGUGGGUCCGUUAAGGCUCUUAAGAUCUUCUAAUUUACAUUUUCUGUCUUUUCUCUCAUAAACUUGACGUUGUCCAUUCUUUAUGUUUUUUUGUUUGUUUCUUUUCGCCUGACGUCUGCGAUUGGUGUUUUGAGUCCCUGGUUCCAUGACAGGGUUGUCGUUGUCACGUCCACAGAUGGAGUGGACCUGCCGCAAUGCUGCGCUCAUCCUGCCCACGUUUGUUGCGUGUGCAUCCUUGUGAUAAACCGCGAGCCAGCCUCCUGUCUGCACAGCUCCAAGCUUCCCCAUCUCCAGUCCCCUUCCUUGUUUACACAUUCUGGGCGCUCCUCCGCCUCCACCUCCUAGGGUUUCCUAGGAAAUAACAGAUACAGAACUGGCUCUGUCUUUGUGGCCCGGAGCGGCCUAUUGCAAGUUGGACCCAGGCGGGGGGAAACAGCUCUAGAUGGCUGGUUCCACACUUCACCUAGAAGCCCCUCAAAGCCUGAGGAGACUGGUUUUGCCUCAGUCUACUGUCCCCAGACCCCCGGGGAGAACGUCCUGUGGGGAGGCUUUGUGGGGAGGGGUCCCCAGGGUGGAGGCGUCCUCAGGGAUGCUCAGGGCUCCAGGCAGCACGUAUCCUCGUUAGCCGCUGCCCUACAAACACAGGCCAAGAUGGUCCCUGCUCCGUGUAAACCUCCUCUACGCAGCCCCGCGUGUUCGCCCAGAAGCGGAGAGGAGAGUCUCGUGGGACCGUAAGAUGCAGCCUCAGCACCGCGCAGCACCCGGCGGCUUCAUCCGCCUCAGCCCAGGAGGCAAGACGGGACCCUGCCCUCUCCCGUGCCCACCUCGAGAGAAAAAGAAAAAGUUAAAAAUAUACAUGAACACAGAGCAAACUACCUCAGUUGACAGGACCCCACCUCUCGGGCUCCCCCACGCCGAGGUCUUACCUGGCGAGCGUACCUUCGUAGCGCCCUGCUCGUCCGGACGCCGGCGAGCAGGCGUGUCCGCGCCAGUGGGACGAUGUCCCUCCGGGCAUCGCAGUCGGCUCGUGCGCGGUCCACGAGUGAUGCCAGCGUCGAGAUGACCGUGCGCGUCUCAACAGGACGAGGAAAAGGUAGUGUCGCUUCCGUACUUGUGCAGAAUUCCAAAGGGUUUUAUUUUUUAUCAGUGUUAAAUAGCUUUUUGUACAGGCUUCAAUCCAUUUUUUUCCUGAAGCGUGCUGUUUUUUAUUGAAAGCAACUAUCAACUUUUCACAUCCCGCGGAACUGCUGUUUACACGUCAAAACUUUAACUUAACCAUCCUUUUCAGAGUGGACUUUUUUGGAGGGAGGACAAUCCCGGCCGCUCGAUGAUACUAAGCCGCUGUGAGCGCCCUCUCGUGAGGUCCUGAGAUUUUAUAAAACUUAAUCCGUAGCUUUUUAAGUUCCACACUAGACUUGGGUGUACAUAACAAUAAGGAAUGAAAAGUGACCCCACCGUUCUUUUAAACAUCCGGCUUUUUCCACUGAUGCGUACGUACUUUUGCAAGUAUUUUGUUCACGCAUACUUUGACCAUGAAAUUGAAAAAGUCUUCAACUUCUCGGUAAAUGUGAACCAUUUGUUUUCUGUUGUGCUUUGGGGGUGGGGACAUUUUAAUAUCAUAUUUGCCUAAAUCAAGCUGCCCCCUCUGAAUGUGCAUUUUUAAAUGUCAAAAUUCGGUGAACCAUCCCAGAUUGCAGUAUGCUUAAAUUUAAGUGGUGUUUAAAAAAGGAGAAGAUUAUAGGGUUGAUUUGUUGUUAUUGAAGCUCUGUUAAGACAAAUUGGUAAGACUUUCUGUUUCUGAUCAGUUAAAUAGUGAUCAAUGUCAAUGUAUGGAAAUCUUUUCUUAAAACUUGUUCACAGAUUAUUUUGAUCCAUUUUUCUGUGGCAUUUGGUGCAAUAAACCUUUUGAAUUUAUCUUGAA